AUGUCCUCCCAGCCCACCUCGCGCCUGGCCGCGGAAAGCGCCCGCAUGGCAUCAUCGUCGAGUCCAUCAUCGUUACAGUCCCAACAGACACGCAAUGCGUCCUCAGAAGCGCGCACAAAGAUCAAGGUCAAGAAUCCUGUCGUCGAGCUGGACGGCGAUGAGAUGACCAGAAUCAUCUGGGCCGACAUCAAGGAGAAAUUCAUCUUCCCAUACCUCGACAUUGACCUGAAAUACUACGACCUGGGCCUGCCAUACCGCGAUGAGACCGACGACCAGGUCACAGUGGACGCUGCAAAUGCCAUCCUGAAAUAUUCGGUGGGCGUCAAAUGUGCAACGAUUACGCCAGACGAGCAGCGUGUUGAGGAGUUCAAGCUCAAGAAGAUGUGGCUCUCACCCAACGGCACAAUCCGCAACAUCCUCGGCGGCACCGUCUUCCGCGAGCCGAUCGUGAUCCCACGCAUUCCCCGCCUGGUUCCCGGCUGGCAGCAGCCCAUCGUCAUCGGCCGCCACGCCUUCGGCGAUCAGUACCGCGCCAAAGACAUCGUGGUCAAGGAAGCCGGCACCCUGCAAAUGACCUUCCACCCGGCCUCCGGCGCCCCUCCCAAGAAGAUCGAUGUCUACAGCUUCAACAUGGCCGGAGGCGUCGCACAAACACACUUCGCGCACGCCUCAUUCAAGUUCGCCCUCGACCGCAACUACCCCUUGUACAUGUCGACGAAGAAUACCAUCCUCAAAGCCUACGAUGGCCGCUUCAAGGACAUCUUCCAGGAGAUCUACGAGGCCGAGUACCGCCCGCAGUUCGAGAAGCAGAAGAUCUGGUACGAGCACCGCCUGAUCGACGACAUGGUGGCCCAGAUGAUCAAGUCCGAGGGCGGAUUUGUCAUUGCCAUGAAGAACUAUGAUGGAGACGUGCAGUCUGAUAUCGUUGCCCAAGGCUUCGGCUCGUUAGGAUUGAUGACUUCUCAACUUAUUACCCCAGACGGCCUGACUUACGAGUCCGAGGCCGCGCACGGCACCGUCACGCGGCAUUAUCGCGAGCAUCAGAAAGGCCGCGAAACCUCCACAAAUCCUAUCGCGAGUAUCUUCGCGUGGACGAGGGGGUUGGUCAAGCGUGGGAGCCUCGAUGAUACGCCUGAGCUCGUGACGUGGGCUGAAAGUCUGGAGAGGGCGGUCGUACAGACAGUGGAUGAGGAUGCCAUCAUGACCAAGGAUCUGGCAUUGGCCUGUGGGCGGAAGGAUCGUGAGGCGUGGGUCACGACCACGGAAUUCAUGGAGGCUAUCGAGAGGAGGUUCAAGAAGAAUUUGGCCGCUGAGGGGCUGGACAAGAAUACCUGA